CCGUGCCCUGGGCUCCGGCUCCGGAUGAGUAUCGCCCAUGGUCAUCUCCUAGAAUUUUCUUUAUUGCUUUGUCAUUUUUUUUUCUUUCUCGAUUUGUCAUUUUUCUGUUGUGUUUCCCCUGUUAGCUGUUACGCACACCCAAGGACGACUGCUGAGGAGAAGCUGAGAGCAAGCGUUAACCCGGAAGGAGUGAACCCGGAAGUGAAAAUAAUACAGUGUCUGUCGGGCUGAAAUGUAGCAGGUCACAGAAGGUUCCGGCUUCAGAAAGGAAAGCCGUCGUCCUUUCUUCUUUUUCUUAGAUGCUGAGAUGAAUCGUCCCCUGUGUGCUUGGCUUUUUAGAUGUUCAUCUCUUAAUGGUCCCCGCCAGUACCACCUCCAGCGCCAGUCUCAUCAGUUUACACAGAUCCAUCUUGAUACAAGGCUGUGGAUUUUUAGACAAAACAGGAAUCGCAUUCUCCAUCAUCUGCUAAAUAAGAAUUGUCCCCGGAGAUAUUGUCAUCAGUCCAAGAUGCUGUGGAAGAAUAAAGCACUACAGAAAUAUAUGGAGGACCUGAAUAAGGAGUACCGGACUCUUGAUGAGUGUUUGCAGCGUAUGUCUGUGAAUGAAGGGGACCAGAAGUCCUUGAAUCGAAGGCAUGCUGAGUUGGCACCACUUGCAGCCAUUUACCAAGAAAUUCAGGAGGCUGAGCAAGCAGUUGAAGAAUUAGAUUCAAUGUGUAAAAGUCUAAAUAAACAAGAUGAAAAGCAGUUACAAGAACUCGCAUUGGAAGAGAGGCAAACCAUUGCUCAAAAAAUCGAUAUAUUAUACAGUGAGCUUUUCCAGAGUCUAGUGCCAAAGGAGAAAUAUGACAAAAAUGAUGUUAUUUUAGAGGUGACAUCUGGAAGAACUACUGGAGGUGAUAUCUGCCAGCAGUUUACUCGGGAAAUAUUUGAUAUGUACCAGAAUUAUUCAAGCUAUAAAAACUGGAAAUUUGAACUCCUGAAUUACACACCAGCUGAUUAUGGUGGGCUGCAUCAUGCAGCUGCCCGAAUUUCUGGUGACAGUGUCUAUAAGCAUCUGAAAUAUGAAGGUGGGAUUCACCGAGUUCAGCGAAUCCCUGAGGUGGGCCUGUCGUCAAGGAUGCAGCGCAUUCACACAGGAACCAUGUCCGUUAUUGUCCUCCCUCAACCAGAUGAGGUAGAUGUGAAGGUGGACCCCAAGGAUUUGCGAAUAGAUACAUUUCGAGCCAAAGGAGCAGGAGGGCAGCAUGUUAAUACAACCGAUAGCGCUGUCAGACUUGUCCACAUCCCCACAGGGCUUGUGGUAGAAUGCCAACAAGAACGAUCACAGAUUAAAAAUAAAGAAAUAGCUUUGCGUGUGUUGAGAGCUAGACUCUACCAGCAGAUUAUUGAGAAAGACAGGUGUCAGCAACAAAGUACUAGAAAACUGCAGGUGGGAACAAGAGCCCAGUCAGAGAGAAUUCGGACAUAUAAUUUCACCCAGGAUAGAGUCACUGACCACAGGAUAGCAUAUGAAGUUCGUGAUAUUAAGGAAUUUUUAUGUGGGGAGAAAUGUCUGGAUCAGCUAAUUCAGAGACUGCUUCAUUCAGCAGAUGAAGAAGCCAUUACUGAAUUUUUGGAUGAAAACCUUAAAUCAGCAAAAUAAAUGCAGAUUUAUUAUUAUUAUAUAAAUGAAAUGGACCUAUCUUAAGAAGCAAGCUGUUCAUAAAGUACAGCUAAAAUGACACAGUAUGUACAAAUAUAUUUUUUAAUGAAUAAGUCACAUUUCUUGACCUGAGCUUAUAAAGUACAAUCCAACUCUUCAAGCAGAAAACAAGCAUGCGUUGAAGAGAAAUAAAGUAUUGAGAAUUGACUAUGUGAUACAAGUUUAUAAACUGUAAACCCAUUUCAAGAAAAAGUAUUGUUAAUCAUGUUAAAAUUAGGUUUUAAACUGCUACUUUUAAAUAAAAAAUAAAUAAAGAUUGUGAAGACUAGGAGUCAAUAACAGUGAGCAUGUCCAGGAUACAGGUUGUAGAGCUCUUUGAGAGUGGAACAAAUUCUAUACAGUAUAAACUACAAGCCA